AUGACAGACCAAGCUAAAGAGCUUGGUAGCGACGCCAAGCCGGACCAUGUCGCAACUCCUCAACAAGCCGAUCACGACCCGGAUCUGACGCCAGGUGCGAAAGACAAUGGUGCUCCGGCAGCCUCAGAUACUCCGCGAAGCAAACAAUACGAUGCUGGCGACAGUAACGCUGAGACUGGGGUAACCGGAAAGCCCAGCAACGACCCAGCCACCGAAGAUAACGCCGUGCGAGAAGAGUCUGGCGAGCAGCAGCGAGACGCCACCGCGGAGGAAAACGAAGAAGAGGACAACGGUGAAGAGGACGACGAAGGCGAAGACGAAGACGAAGACGUGGAUGAUGGGGACGAGGAUGACGAAGAAGAAGACGAAGACGAAGAGCCGUCGCUCAAAAUCUCGAGGCUUACACCACACUUGAACUCUGUGUACCGCAACGGUGACGCAACCAGUGCAUUUCUUGUCGCAGGCGAUAAGAUGAUUAUCGGUACACAUAAUGGCAAUAUUCACGUUCUUCAACUUCCCAAUUUUCAACCGCUUCGAGUAUAUCAUGCCCACUCUGCGUCCGUUACCUCUAUAUCGAUCUCCCCAUAUCCUCCGCCGCUGCCGUCAGCCCAGGCGCCGGCCCCCGUUCCGCCUACGAACCUAUCCAGCCAGCCAAGAUCUCAAGACGCUUCGCCUGCCGCGGCCUCGAAGCGAUCUCGAGAGCCUGUGCAGAUACCGAAGACUCCAUCCAACGACAUACAUAUAGCAACCUCCUCCAUGGAUGGAAAUGUCUGCGUACAAUCUUUGAUCGAUAUGAAAGAUGUUCAACUACGAAGCUUCGGUCGACCCGUUCAGAGCGUAGCCUUGUCACCAGAGUUCAAAUCAGAUCGUUCUUAUAUAUCUGGUGGUCUGGCUGGCCAGCUCAUCCUCACCUCAGGGGGUGGCCCAGGGCGCAGCACUUCGACGACGAUUGGAACAGCGGCCGCAACUGCAUCCGGCUGGCUCGGAAGCAUGGGUCUGGGGUCCAACACGGGCAAAGACACAGUGCUGCACUCCGGAGAAGGCACGAUAAAUACCGUGAAAUGGUCUCUGUCAGGAAAGUACGUCGCCUGGCUCAAUGAGCAAGGUAUCAAAAUCAUGCGCUCCAAAUCGCAGCAUGAAAAUGCAGACAGUGACGACGCUUGGAAACGUGUCGGGCACAUAGAUAGGCCACAAACGGAGGAAUGGGAUACUAUGGCUAGUGUGUGGAAAGGGCGUGCGGAAUGGAUCGAUGAAAAGGCAAUCGAAAGUGACGAAGCCGUCGAUUCCAAGCAAGGCAGUGUGUCUGCAUCGGCAGCUGCGAGUAGACUCAAAGGUCAAUCUCACAUCAGUCCACAAAAGCCUGCGAUGGAGCGUCUACUUGUUGGCUGGGGGGCCAUGAUAUGGAUUAUUCAUGUUCACCCCGACGGCUCACCUGCCAAGAACAGUGGAAACAAGGCAGUUGGCCGCGCUGAAAUCGCCAAAAUUCUGCGCAUUGACUGUAUUAUUUCGGGAAUAUCUCUUUACACAUCGAAUCUCCUUCUUGUUCUCGCAUUCUCCCCGCCGGAGGAUGGCGAGGAUGAGCAAAGCAGCGGCGCUCAGCGCCAUCGCCAUCAAGGUUCCACAGGUUCUGCCAAGAGUGAGCCUUCAGGUGGCGUUAGGAAGCGUCAAAAUAACUUGCCACCGGAGCUCCGCCUCAUCGAUCUGGUAUCGCAAGCCGAGGUUGAUAAAGAGGAGCUUGUGGUGAGUCGCUAUGAGCGUCUCUUCUCUGCUGAUUAUCACCUCGGCGUCUUGCCCGCUCGCAGCGCAGCGAGCGCGGUAGCAUCCAAGGGAGCAUUGGAGACUAUUGCUGGACUUGGGAGUGAGAUGUGGAAUGCCGCUAUUAACCCGAGAGCUCUUUUCAGCUCAGGGGCCAGUAUUCGAAGCAAAGACAGCGGAGACGAUUUUGCCCCCGGCUCUAGAACAGCCAGUACCAGUGGUACAAUCCGAGGUCAAGCUAGGUCAGGGCCGCUCCCCGUGCAUCCCAGCUUGAGCAAACCUGGCGCCAAAAUCUUUGUGCACAGCCCUUAUGACUGCAUACUGGCAACUAAGAGAGACCUGGGUGACCACCUGGCCUGGUUGUUGGAGCAUGAGUAUUACAGCAGAGCAUGGGAACUUCUGGAUGAAAAUCCAGACAUACUAGCAGACAAAUCAAGCGAUUACGUGCCAGCAUCUGCUGCUCCAGGCAUUGCUGACUUGUUCGAAGACGAAUCCGUUGCGGACUCCAUCAGCAGAGGCGCUCAAAGUGCAGUGGAAAGGGAAAAGCAACGGAUAGGCGAGCUGUGGAUCAAAGAGCUGAUCGAUGACGGACAGUGGGCUGUGGCAGCGGAAGUCUGUGGCAGGGUCUUGCAUUCCCCUGAUCGCUGGGAGAAAUGGGUGUGGACCUUUGCCGGGGCAAAGAAGUUUGACGAGAUUACAGACUAUAUCCCUUCUGCUCCGAUGCACCCACCGAUACCAACAACGGUGUACGAAGUUGUCCUUGGCCAUUAUAUUCACAACGACAAGCCUCGAUUCCGAGAUCUACUCGACUUGUGGUCUCCGGAGCUGUUUGACAUCAAGACAGUCACGACCGCACUCGAGAACCAACUCAAGUUCCGAGAUGUACGCGAGGACAGCAUCGACGGUGGCGAAAAAGGUAGAGAUUGGCGCAUUGUCAAUCGAGGUCUUGCCAGGCUGUAUGAAGCUGGAGGGCGCCAGCGCGAGGCUCUCAAGUGCUACAUCAAGCUUCAAGACGCAGAUUCUGUGUUCCGUCUCAUCAGAGACAACCAUCUCGCCGAGGCGGUGGCUGACGAUAUUCCGGGCUUCAUCAGCCUACGCGUACCUGCUGGCGGUGCCGACCGAAUGACGAAAAAGGACCUGGCCAAUGCGACCUCGGAUGCGAUUACGCUGCUCGUUGACGAGGCGCAGCAUGGAUUAGUUGGUCCCAGGCAAGUUGUAGGGCAACUUCGAGCAAAGGAGCAACCUCUAUACUUGUUUUUCUAUCUCCGUGGUCUAUGGCACGGAGACGGUGUAAAGGAGCAUGCGGGGGAGAAUCGCGACCACUUGGUCCUGGAAAGUCGAGCGUUGGUGGACGACUUUGCCGAUCUUGUUGUCACGCUUUUCGCCAACUUUGAAAGAAACCUCUUGAUGGACUUUUUGAAAACCUCAACAGCGUACACAUUUGACAAGGCCGUCGAAGAGUGCGAGUCGCAUAAAUACUAUGACGAGCUCGUCUACCUGUAUUCGAAGACUGGUCAGAUGAAGCGCGCGCUCUACCUCAUCAUCGACCGGCUGCGCAACGUCGAAAAGGCGAUUGAAUUCGUCAAGGAGCAAGACGACCCGGACCUGUGGAGCGACCUGCUCGACUACAGCAUGGACAAGCCGCGCUUCAUCCGCGCCCUCCUCGAGCAGGUCGGCACCGCCAUCAACCCCAUCACGCUCGUGCGUCGCAUCCCCGAGGGCCUCGAGAUCGAGGGGCUGCGCGACGGCCUCACGCACAUGAUGAAGGAGCACGAGCUCCAGCACAGCAUCAGCUCGGGCGCCGCGACCGUCAUGCGCAGCGAGGUCGGGCUCAAGCAGAGGGAGCUGCGCGUAGGGCAGCGCCGUGGUGUCAAAUUUGAGCCGCCGCCGCCGCCGCCCGCAACGCCCAGGGCGCGCGAUGGCCAGGACAAGUCGACAGAGGCUGGCAAGGAGGACAAGCCACGAAGCAGGACAACGCCUAAACCUGGCCAUUGCGUGGGCUGCGGCGAGGCAUUCACAGAGUACGAGAUGGAGACCUUGGUGGGCUACGCGUGCGGCCACGUCUACCACGUGAGCCACCUGAUGGAGAUGCUCCAUCGCGGUGCCAAGGUGGACAUUGACAUUGGCGGCGGCGAAAGCCAGGAGAGCAACCGCUACCUGGUGGGCAUGAAGGUCAUGAAGGCGAGGUUACUGCGCGACAAGCUGCGUGGAGGCUGUCCAGUUUGUCCACCGGCCAAGUGA